AAAAAUGCAAGAAAUUACACUACCAAGAACAAGUUCUACUUCUUCACUGAAGGGCAGCAACAACACUCCAAGUGAUGGUAACACUGCUUGUACCACUACCACUAGUGAUACAACACAGAGGGGACGUCAUCAACCUUCACAUCAUUCGACUGCCUCUUUAGCCGAAAGUGAAAUAAAGUUGGGAACUAAUCUUUUAAACUCGAAUACAACAAGAAAGGAAUACAGAAAACAAAAUACUUUCAGAAACCUCAUGUCUACAUCGUCAAACGACAUUUUAGAAGAAAUUAACUCACCUGCCUCUCCUACAACUCCAAACGAUACAUUAUCGUCCACUUUAUUGAUGGAUCCGAAAGUAGAAGAAAUGAUUAGUUUAAUUUCGCAAGAAUAUCCAUCAUUUAUCUCUGCAGAAAUUGAUGGAAAAAUGGAAUGGGAAAAAGAUUAUGAAUUACGUUUCGUAUUGGGACCUUCGAAUUUGAGUAGAUAUUUGGGGGAUGAAAAGUUUGUUCAGGUGAAAGCAUUUCUCUUUAGUAAAUUCUUAUUUAUCGGAAAAUUAACACAAACAGAUCCAUCAAUGGGAGGAAGAGAGUUUAGAAUUAUUAGAUUUGAUCAAUAUGAUUGGACUGUCAAGGGAUUGGCAGAUGAUUCGAGUUUUAUCAAUGCAUUUUGUUUGAAAUUGGAAGGUGAGAGUGAAAUUUUCACAACCAAUGAGAAUUCCAAUUUGAAAAAGUAUUGGUUGGAACAGUUGAGAAGAAUUUUGGAUAUUCCAACAUUUACAGAAAAGCAAAUGCAAGCCAUUCGAGAAAAUAUUCAAGAAUAUUUGGAGGAGAGUACCUAUUCUUUGGAAGAAUUGCAAGAAUACUAUACAGAACCAAUAUCUGAAUUGCCACAAUAUCAAGAUUUGGGAGAAACUUGUCAAGUUAUUGAAAGAAAGGGCAUUACACAGGGAGUACAAUAUGCAACAUUGGAGAAGGUCUUCCAACUUUUAACUGAUCCACAUGAAAAUGAUGGAGAUUUCCUAUUUACAUUCCUAUUAACUUACAAAUCAUUUACAACAUCGAUGGAGGUUUUGAAAUUUUUAAAGAGUAGAUUCAAUACACCACCUCCAGUUGGUUGUGUUGAUUUCCAAGAGUGGAAGAGGAAAUUGUUCGAAAUUAGAUUGAGAAUUUGUGAAAUUCUCUAUGCUUGGAUUCAUAAUUUCUUCUACAAUUUCAGAAAGGAUUUGGAAUUACAGAAUGAAACUCAUCACUUUAUCAAUGAUGUGAUAUCCAACAGCAAAAUGAUAAAGGCAGCAAGUAUCAUUCAAAAAUGUUGGAAUAUGAAGAGAAAACAGAGAGAAACCUUCUCAGCUCAACAAUUUCAGAGACAGCAGCAACAACUCGAAGCUCUCAGGAGACAAUUGGAGGAGGAGAAGAGUAAGAACAAGACAUCUAUCUUUAAGAAACUCUUUAAUUUCAAUUCAACAUCAGAGUCAGAGUCAUUUGCGAGCGCUUCCUUAUCAAUUAGUGACAAUACUGAGGAACAACUUAUGGACAGUUCAAUGAAUAUUGCAAGACAAAUGUGUGUCAUUGAUAUGGAAAUUUUCAAUAGAAUCCAACCAAAGGAAUGUCUCAAUCAAGCAUGGAGUGAUGCCAAUAGAAGAAAAAACGCACCAAAUAUUUUCAAUUUUAUUGAGAGAAGUAACCAUUUGGCAAUCUAUGUGGCAUUCUUAAUUUUGAACAUUGACACACCAAAGAAGAGAGCUAAAGUAAUUGAAAAGUUUAUCAAGAUUGCCUUUGUGUUAAGAAAUUUGAACAAUUUCCACAGUAUGAGAGCAAUCAUGAUGUCUCUCCUUUCGAACAGUAUUUACAGAUUGAAGAAAUCUUGGGAAUUAGUUUCUCAAAAAAGAAUGGUUCAGUAUAAGGAAUUGGAAAAACUUGUCAGCAUAAGUGCAAACUCUAAGGUACUGAGAGAUGCCAUGAAACAAGCCGAAUUGCCAAGUCUUCCAUUUAUGGGAAUUUUAUUGUCUGAUUUGACAUUCUUUGAGGACGGUAAUCCAGAUGAAAGGGAUGGGAAAAUCAACAUUAACAAACGCUAUCAACUUGCUUCGAUUAUUAAGAGAAUUGUAGAAUAUCAGAAGAAACCAUACGAUUAUCCAUUCCACGACUGUAAAACCAAAUGGAGCAAUAUUUACAUGGCUGGAAGAUAUACAGAUGAUGAUUUGUAUAAUUUAUCUCUUGAACAGGAGCCAAGACAGUAAAUUAUUUUCACAUAUU